ACCUGAUAGAUUGGAAAAGGCACAUGUGGAUUCACUGCAUAUUGAAGAACUGUCAAAACGUGUCGACUCUCGAGCAUUCUUUUCACUUCUUUCACCGAAUAUUUGUUGAUAAUUAUUUCAUUUCGAUACUUCUAAAAAUCUGUCGAGAUGACACCGCCAAUGGAAAGAAUUUCGAUCCUCGAAUCGAUCGAAAAGGACAUUUUUACCAUUUUGCAAAGUGCAGGUCAAGCUUUUAUGGAAUUGAGUAAAGAGAAAUCGAGUCUAAAACAAGCCGAAGGGCACACUCAUCAAUUUUUAAAAUCGCUUAGUACCGUAGAAACGAAACUAAGUGACCAGAUCAAUUAUCUCACCCAAGUAUCUACAGGACAACCACACGAAGGUUCUGGAUACGCAAGUCAAAAAGUGUUGCAAAUGGCUUGGCACAGACUGGAACACGUUCGAAGCAGAGUGAACGAACUUGAACGAAUGAGGACUAAACAUGCUCACGGAAGAUCGGGAAUGAGGCCCAAUCCGUCUCAAAUGCCCCCGGCAAAUGCUGUCCAACCACCUCCGAAUAAUCCAAUUUCAUAGUGCCAAACUUCCCGGGAAUUUACAUUUUUGAGGCUAUGAUAAUUUAUGAUACUUUAAAGGCAAUACAAUUUAUAUUCUUUAAAAUAUUACAAUAAAUCAAAAGUAUUACGCUACUUGAUGCCACUCUGUACACUUAUUAUUGUGUUAUUGAUUGAAAAUAAUAUAGAUUUUACCGAAAAAA